GAAAACGGCUGUGCGACACUGACUGUGCUCAUUCGCUCUCAGAGACCACAGAGCAUCAACUUCAAAACAUAUCGGAAAUACGGAGGAGGGAGGGUACUGCCAUGGAUAUCGACGUGUCAUAGCUCCUCAACCUGCCAAUGGAUUAAAACAGCACAUCUGAGCUGUGGAGUGACUGGUCCAGUUCCUGUCCAUCCAGUGAGCCUAGUGGCUGCCAGCGCAGUGAGCUGCGUGAAGUGUCUCAGAGCUGUGGAUUGCAUCAUUAUAGGACAAUAGCAAUUGGAAUCAAAGCUCUCCCUCCUCCUCCUCCUCUUCCUCCAUCUCCUCCCCCAUUUCUUUUUCUCUCAGCCUGACUCUCCACACACACACACACACACACACAACCCUCUGACCACUCCUCCCACAGUGGUCAUGGUCCACUCCCCCUGUCUCUCCAGCCAGUCAGCCAGUGAGUCGAUGGAAGCUGUGUAAUCCUCUGUAAAGUAUAGGGCCUAUACGGCUGCAUAUGCUCCCUUUUGUCAUGGCGGCUGUUGUUGUUGCAGAGGCCUCCCUCAGGAGAGCACAUGAGGGAGAACAGAAGGCAGCAUAAAGCUCACAAAGGGAGGAAGAGAGAGCGAGCAAGCCAGUGAGUGAGAGACACUGACGCUGCCAUUUAUUUGACCGCAGGAGAAUGAGCUUCACAGGGCAACGGAUGGAAUUCAAUGGGGGUGAAACUACAUGAUGUGGGACUGGCAUUACCGCCCCACGCCAAUCACAAAUUGGACCAAGAGUCAACUUUGGAGAUAUUUGCCACAUAGUGGUCUGCAGCGAGGAAUGCAGUGAAACACAGAAAAGUAGACAAGACUUUUUCUCUUGGUUUAGAGUAUUUUUCUAUUUUUCCUCUCCUUUGGGGUCUUUUUUCAUUUACACCCUACCAGAAGUGCCUUUUUCUGUUACUUUUUGUCUAUUUUUUUAAUCAUCUUGCUUUAUAUUCAUACUCCAAACUGCCACAGAUUAUUGCAUGUAACAUACAGUAACUUUCACAUUCAAUGUGUGUUGCCAUAUUUUAAAGAAGGUACAUAGUAUAUUUUACUUUGUGUGUAGGUGUUAACAGACACAACACCAGCCUCCAUCAAAUACACAGUUGACAAUCAUCACUUUUUAUAAUUUUUUUUUUAAUUUAGUUUCUGCUCGGGGAGAGCUUAUAUAGUCCCAACAUUAAUUCACUUAGAGUAAGGUUGCGCCAGACCGUGACUUUCUGCACUGCCUCCUCUGAACCUUUGUUGGUUUGACAACACGUGGCCGUCACCAUGGUCAGUAUCCAAUCCAAAUGGCGCUACCUUUUCAUGUUCUUGGGGAUCCAGUUGGUAGUCAUGGCACUGCUGUCCCGAGAGGGGUAUCAAAAGAGGGUCUCCUACUUCAUCCGCAUCUUCCGCAAGCCUGACACCACUGGUCUGUCAGGCCGCAACCACUCAUCAGCAGGCAUCGCUGGAGGGGAUGUAUACGCCAAUCUCUCCCACCUAUCCAAAACACAUGGCCAUGGAGAUGACAUGCCCUUAUGCCCCAAGAAGUCUCCUCUUAUAGGUGGGCCGAUCCACGUCAGCUUUCCAUCAGGGCUCACUCUAUCAGAGGUUGAGAGGAAGAAUCCACUGGUGGUGCGAGGAGGACGUUACAGGCCGCCUGACUGUGAGGCGAGGCACCGGACAGCCAUCAUCAUUCCCCACAGACACAGAGAACAUCACUUGAAGUUCCUGUUAUAUUACCUGCAUCCUUUUCUGCAGCGGCAACAGCUCAACUAUGGAAUUUACGUCAUUCACCAGGCCGGAAACUACACUUUCAACAGGGCCAAGUUGAUGAACGUGGGUUUCCGUGAGGCCAUGAAGGAGGAAGACUGGGACUGUCUCUUCUUUCAUGAUGUGGACCUCAUUCCAGAGGACGAUCGCAACACAUACGUCUGCGACUCCAACCCCAAGCAUGCAGCCAUCGCCAUGGACAAGUUUGGCUACAAGCUUCCGUACAAGAUGUACUUUGGAGGAGUGUCAGCUCUGACGCCACUGCACUACCUCAAAAUGAACGGCUUUCCCAACAACUACUGGGGCUGGGGUGGAGAGGACGACGAUAUUGGAGUCAGAGUGUCUCUGGGGGGGAUGUAUAUCACUCGUCCAUCACUGAGGGUCGGCCGGUACAAGAUGAUCAAACACAAGCUGGACAAAGGCAACGAUGUGAACCCAAAGAGGUUCAACAUGCUGGCCAAGACACGGCAGACCUGGAAGUUGGAUGGGAUGAACACCGUUGAAUAUGAGACAAUCUCAAAGCAAUACCUGCCCCUCUACACCAACAUCACUGUCAACAUCGGCACUGAGGCCGGUCUACAUCCACCUCCCCCAACACAACCUCCUCCUGCCAAAGCUGUAGGCAAAGCUGCAGUCAAAGAAGCUGCUGAAGUCUCAGCAAAAGGACCAGCCAAACUCAAAGAGGGCCACUCAGAGGAAUAGUUCAAGAGACUGCUAAUCAAGUUUCACCCUGCCAUAACUUCAAUGGGAUAAUCCUCUGGGUACAAGCUGUACGAUGGUGGUUUUUCUCCUCACUCACCUGGAGUUUUUGCCCAUUUUAAGCUUUCGUCAGUUUGUGGAGAAUCAACAUCGUAUUGCCUGCGGACAGUGGGACGCUCAUCUGGGUGAUAAAAACACCUGAUUCAUUAAAAAAAAAAAGAAACAAUUGACUUGAAGUUCUCAACCCUUAGUUGACGGCUCUCCACCUUGGUUCCUGUCACAUCACUGAUUCUUCUUCCAGGGGAGCCAGAGUGAAGAGUGAAGGGUAAAAGAUGGACUCUAUGAGUUUAUAUAUCUACAGCGCUGUGGUCGCUGGUUAAACCUUGUGAUGCCUUAGAAGCUUGUUCUUUUUUGUCUUUUCACUCAUACCUUACAUUAUUUAGAAUAUUGGGUUUAAUAGAGCAGUAGCUGCGAUUUCCAGCAGUCACACUAAUUUUUUGUCUCAACGCCAAUGAAUAUGAGUAAAAUGGAGACAGUUUCUUGUUUCCAGUUGAGUGUGAGAGGCUGCUACCACGAGUGCUGAAUGACGGAACUUGACAGAUUUGUGUAUUACUGUUAUUAUUAUGACUGCUUCUGACAUAACAGCGCACAUAUCCUGUCUGCACAUAUCUGGGGUCUCAUUUAGGAAGCUCCCACAUAGAGAUGCUGAACUAUAUCCAUUUGGUUUGUGUAUCAAAAGCUAGAUUAAAUCUUUAUUGUUAUGGACACUCUACACAUACUUUGCCUUCUGUCAUGUUCAGUAGAAUCACCAGUGCGAAUGGGAGUGAGCGUUUUAAGUUCAGCACAUCAAGGCCAAGGUACAGUUCCUCUGUGUAGCGUGUAUUUUAGUGCAUUCAGUUCAGCCUUUCAAAUUUCAUUAUAUCCAAUAUCUACUACAUUGAUCAGUUUUCUGUUUUUGCGUGUUUUCGUGUAGUUGCCUUUAUCAAAUAGAGCAGGUCCUGGCAACGGUUAUCAGUCUUCUGCCUUCAGAUGAGUUUGAGAUUCACAUCAAAAUGGAGUCUGUUUUGCUUAACUUGUCCUUACGUAUACGUUGACUAUGUGCAGUGUACUAUAUAUGUCAUGUUUAUGUGUCCCUCAAGAAUGCUGGCUUUCUCCCUUAACACUUGAUAUGCAGUCCAUCUUUAUAACAUGUUUUGCCCAUCUCCUGUUCUUGAUCUAUACAUAUCAUUGAGAAAUACACCAGAAAGGGUUUUUUCUCAACACAGAAAAGGAGUAAAAAACUAGAGAUCAUUUUGCGAUGAGUUCACACCAGCCACUCUGCAACUAAGUGGGGUGCAGCGUCCCUUCCCUACUUUCUACCCCCGUACUAACUGCGCCCUUGCUUGGAUUUCACAGAUUUUCAGCCUUUGUUGUGAUCUCAACUACACCUGUAAAGUUUUGUGACUGCAUCUUGUAUGAAUGUGACGUUAUCAUGUUGACAAAUUCUGUCCACAGACAGACAUGUAAGCACUAGGCAAGGUACUUAAAAUAGCUUCUUUGGUAGUUCCCACUACAGCAGGUGUCUCCACCUUUGUGAAAAUGUACUCAAAAUCAGAGAUUUGUCACCAAUAUAUUUAUCAUUAUAUGUAAGUCGCAGGUUUGUCAAAAAUGAAACGGUCUGUUUCUCUUUUUUUCUUUAAAUCUUUUACGAUUCGUGAAAAUUGACCCCGUCUCUCAGCGACGUGGCUGGUGUGAAAUGCUGUUCUGUAACAAGUUAUCACAUGAAGACAUCUGCCAUUUCCAUUCCAGUAGAGCCCAUGUGCUGCAUGUCGACUCUCCGCCCUCCUCUUCACUCUUUUUCCCCCACUCUUGACAGAUUUGAUUGUAAACAGGAGAAAAAGAAACAGUCCCUUCAUACGGUGAGGGUGACUUUACUGGCAGGUGAACAGGCUGAAACCAAAGACGACUGCACGGAAAGCUGUGAUGCUGGAUAAAAAGUGUAUGUGUGUGUGUGUGUGUGUGUGUGUGUGUGUGUGUGUGUAUACACAGUAUACUUCAUAUGUCAUGAAUGAUUUCUGUAACACUGUGUUAUUCUUAUCUUAAUGGACAGGCCUAUCACCACUUCUUAUCAAUACUUGUAGCAUCUUUCGAUUCUGUGUUCAAAGAUCUCCAAACCAACACAUAUUCAGAUUUCUCAAAUUUAACAAACCACAGAGGAAGAAAACGUUUGUCUUCAGCAAAGGGAUGAUGAUAGUUCAUGGUUAUGAGUAAUGUUUUUUUUUUUCUUCUUCUUUUUCAAACGCUGUACUGAAAAGUUAUUUUUAUCUUCUUGUCAUUGUGGUAUUUGUCUGCUGACGUGGACAAGACGAGCUCUGAGAGUGGUUGCCUGUGAUUUACAUAAAUAGAUGAGUAUAUACUUGUUAUCAUGUUGAUGUGAAUUCAUAUUCAAAUCCUAUGGCCUUAGCAACACACAGUACUAGUAUUUGAAUACUUGGUCACUAAUACAAUAGCAUCUUUAUAUCCAGACUAAAUAUGCAUGGCAACAAACCUAUUAGUGAGGGAAUGUACCGAGCACAAUGUGGAGAUGAUACAUAUCAGUGCUUAUCUAGAAAAUACGAAGCAUGCUGAAGUGUCUGUGUUGUUAACAGGAAACGUGUAAUUGUGACUGAAAAUGCAAGUUUCCAUCUGCUGAACGGAGUGCUCCUCGCUGUUUAAUUUGAGGAUGAAUAUGUACAAAGGAAGCUUUUAUUCCCAAAGUCACAACGUACAGAUUCCAUCAUUUACUCUCUAACACUUGACCUGAGGUUCUGGGGUUUUUAUUUGAAGCUACUUUAUGUUUGAUCUGACUCCGCUCUGAUGUGGAUAAGCUCAGCAGCAAUAGAAAGCCGUCAUCACAGGGUAGUACUGAAGCAACCAAGGGCAAUGUGACUUUGUGAGUUAUUUCUGCUCUCUUUAUGAAUUCUGCACAGUCCAGAGUGGCCUUAAAUUCAUUAAUAAACUGAUUAUUCAAGAGA